AUGGCAAAAUCAAGUGGUGGUGCUGAAUAUGAUUUCAUUUUUAAACUAGUUCUUAUCGGUGAUAGUUCUGUUGGCAAAAGUAAUCUUUUAUUACGUUUCACUCGUAAUGAAUUUCGUCUUGAUACACAAUCAACAAUUGGAGUUGAAUUUGCUUAUAAACAAGUUUUAAUUGAAGGAAAAAAGAUAAAAACUCAAGUUUGGGAUACAGCAGGACAAGAACGUUUCAAAACUGUUAUACCACAAUUUUACCGUGGUAGUGAAGGUGCUUUAGCUGUAUUUGACUUAACUAAACCUGAAUCGUUUGAUCAUAUAAUAACUUGGAUUGAGGAAUUACAUCGACAUACACCAUCUGACGUACCAAUUGUACUCGUAGGAAAUAAAUCUGAUUUAGUUGAUCAACGUAAGAUAUCACGUGAACAAGCAACAAGACUUGCUGAGCAACUUAAUAUAUCGUAUUUGGAAACAUCAGCACUUACUUCAUCUAAUGUUGAACAAGCGUUUCUUACCAUUGUUAACAGUAUUUUUUAUAAAAAAAUGCCUAAAGCAGUCGAUAAUACAUCAGCAAUAGCGUCAUCAGGACAGAUACCAACAUCAACUGUUACGGUACCUUCUGAUGGACACAUUGUGAUUUCAUCGACUCCAAAAUCAUUUCGUUUAAAAGAUAAUCAAAAACCACCUGAGUCAAAUAGUACUAAGUGUUGUAUAAAUUCUUGA